AUGGAGUCCCUUAGCACGGUCGAGGCGUAUCCGAGAAGCUCAGGCACCCAGACGGCGGUCGUGUUGAUGCUAUCUACAGUCCGUGUGUCGGGGUCCACGCUUCCCGUCGUAGCUAUGGUUGCCGAGCUCCUCGGUCUCACUCCUUGCAACCUCGUGCCCAACAUCCGCAGCAUAGACUGCGCGCCCAGGGGAGAAAAACGCACAGAGAAGCACAAGCACGAUGUGAAGCCAUCCAAACGGCAAGGUGUAGAUGGAAAGCGCGGCGCCGCCCACGGUUCGGCUGGCCAGAAGAUGCCUCGGAGAUCGGAGCCGCGCGCCCGUCUCGAGUCUCCAGCGACUCGUCAGUCUAGCACAAUGAUUUGUGUGUGUGUCUUCCAUUACCGCGCCGUGGGGUCUGUGCUGGUGCCUUGGAUCCGGAUGACAGCAACGGCAAAAGCCAGAAAACAGAGCGGCCCCAAGAUUCCCGUAACUUUGGCCGGCAUUGUCAAUGCGUUGAUCUUCUGGCGCUGGAAUCCCGUCCUGCGUCCGUUUGAACUUGCGUCUCCCAGCCGGGGUAAUGCUCUCGCUGGGACGAGGCUCCGUUAUCCCGCAAACCCGCCGGUGUCUCCGAGUUUCGCCGAGGAGAGGCUACAUGAGAUUCGUUGCUGGCAGAUGAUGCACUUGACGCUGUGGCUCUCGAGCCUCGAGCAGUGGGACCGCGCUGCCGGCAGGUUGACGAGGAGUUGGAUCCGGCAGGCGUGGCCCGGCCCAGUUGUCGUCUGCAAGCCGAGGCCCUCUUGCGAGUGCGGGAUCAGCUCUGGUUCGUGGGAUCUGGGGGUUGGUUGUAGCUCGUGCGUCUGA